CAACCACCUACACUAGACUUUUAAAAAUACAUAUAUAUUUUUAUUUAUUAUUUAAAUUUAAAAAAUUGUCAUGUUAUUUUAUUGAAGUGUUAAAUAAAUAACAAAUAAAUAAAAUGUGAUAUUAAAUAAAACAAUUAAAAUAAUUGUUAAAUAUGUGAUUAACAUGGUAGUUAAAAAAAUAAAUAAGUGGGUAGAUAGGCGGACGGUGGGAUUAAAAAUUAAUUACGAUUAUUAAUAAUAGUAAUAAUUAAAUGUUAAUUUAAAAAAAAUUGUUUUGAACAAUUAAUGAAUAAGCGGUUUUAAAAUAAAUCGCAAUUUAAUAUUACGAUAUUAUGUUGUUGAUUAAACGAAUAUGCUUGUUAGUGGUCCUAGUAUUGGCGGUAAAUAUAACAAAAGCAUUAUUACCAGACGAUUUUGAGGAACAUCAAUUUACGGGUGAUAAUUUACAACAAGAAUGUGCAUCGAGAUGCCCCGACCUAGAUUUCAAUCAGAAUCGUACAGAUGACACAUCAGAAGUCGGAUGCGGUGUAAGAUGUAAAAUAGAUCAGUGUGAGAAAGGAUGCGCAGCAUGGGAACAAGCCCUCGAAACAAGCUGUCAAUCAACAUGUAACGGUACACAAGAGCUAUUACCGCCUAAAGAAUUGUACUGUGUACUAGGAUGUCACGACGCGUUGAACCGUUACUUUCAACAACUUAAAGCGGAAAUCGGUGUACCACCUGCGCCGGCUCUCGUCGCGGACUCGUUGACAGCAACGUCUUUGAGACUAGAGUGGAAAGGAGUUGAUAUUAAAAGACGAGCCGCAGGAAUUUCUUAUUUAGUGCAAUGGAGGUAUGAAGAGUUGGCGGAAACUUGGCAGUACUGUCGUAAUCAAUCAUGGGGCGAAGAUGAUCAGAUACUUGUGGAAAAUCUUCAACCAUACACUAAAUACAGGUUUCGGGUGGCCUUACUGUUGAAGUCAUCACAACACAAUCCCGAGCCAAUAGUGUCAGCCCCGAGUGUAGUUAUAUUGACAUUAGCUGCGGGUCGUCCUACAUCAGCACCGGUAAUUGUAAGAGCAGCAGCCGUCGAUAGUUACCGGGUCUCUGUAUCUUGGGAACCAGGACCUUUUCCCAAUGGUCCAUUAUUGUCCUAUGUUUUGCAAUUGCAAGGAGGAGACUUCUUGCUUAAUAAGGACAUACCAGCGUCCGAAAAUACAGAUCACUAUAUGUUUCAAAAUUUGAAACCAAAUCAAAAUUACUCUGUAAGUGUAUCGAUGAGAAACGCCAUCGGGGAUGGACCACCGACAGUUAUUUAUAUAACGACACCUUCGGAGCCCGCUGUAAAAGAUACGCAACAACCAAUUCUAAUAUUAGGCGGCGAGCAUGUAGUUAUGAAACAAGGGGCAGAUAUGUUAGACGAACCAAGUAUUAUAUAUCGUGCAAACAGCCGUAUCCGUGGGGUAGCAAUCCACGUGUCAUCAGCACAAUUAUUUGUAUCAGAUUCCAUGGGUUAUAUAUAUCGCACGACAAUAUUGAAAGAAACCGAGCCAAUAGUUGUCUUGCGUCCGGAUCAAGCUAACUUCAAGCCUCUGAGUUUGUCAGUAGAUUGGCUGAAUUCACAUCUGUACAUUCUGGGUGAAGUCAAUCAUGCAACAACAGUGUGGCAAAUAGCGCGGUGUAAUUUAGAUGGUAAAGGAUUGACUGUUGCAAUGGCGGGUUUCAUGACACGUCCAUCUCACAUUGAAGUCGAUCCGUACAAUGGCUAUUUAUUCUGGGUAACGCGCGGCGGUUUAUUUCGGCUAGAUCUAGCUGACAUCAGUAACGGAAUAAAACACGAAGUUCAGCCUUAUUUGAUCCUAGAAGACAAACAUUUAGGCGCAUUUACAGUCGAUCAUACUAAUUUUAGAUUGCUGGUACCAGACCAUACACAGAAUACUGUAAUAAGUGUCUCUUUGGAUGGUCGUGAAAUACUGAACUUGCGUGCGAAUACUCAGCAGCCAAAAUUCAAAAAUGUUGUCUCAUUGGCUAUGGCGAAUGGUUUAUUUUACUGGACUAAUGGCGAAGAAGUAUUGACAGAAGGUUAUCAUUCCGGACAGAAUCGUUAUUUUCAUAAUGCAUAUCCUGAUAGAUCCGACGGUUCUUUUGUGAGUGUUAAUGUUUUUAUGGAUGCUAGUCAACCUGUUCCGGUGCCAGUUAACCCUCCAACAGGUGUACAAGCUGUUCUGGGAGCAGAAAGAGCUAAAGUGUCGUGGCAAGCGCCUCAUUUACUUGGCGGGCAGGGUAAAGGCGCCUGGCAAAAUUGGUCAUAUGAAUUAGAAAUAAAAGACGAGUUGACUGGUCAAAUUGUGCCCCAACUUGGAAUCGCCGGUUCUUCUCACACAGUUUACAAUUUACGUGAAAAAUCAGAAUACACCAUCAAAGCAGCUGCUUAUACUCAUGCCGGCCGCGGACCUUGGUCGACUGAAUUUCGCGGCAAAACGCUGCGUGAAAAUUCCCACGCUUCUAUACUAUGGUCUGCUAAUGAAGGUCUUCUAAAAAGUGACGUUACCGGUGAAAAUGUAAAUACUCUUAUUUACAAAGACAUGUUGAAAGACAAUGACAAUGAUUAUCAUCAUAUAAUCGAUGUAAGCUGGUACAAAGAUACCCUAUAUAUCGUAGGCAACAAUUCCGCGCUGUAUCGUUACAACAUAACGAGUCAUCAAAAAACAAAAUUAAAUAUUAAUUCCGUUGGUACAGUAGCCGUCGAUUGGUUUGCCAAAAAAUUAUACUGGGCAAAUCCUAAGCAACAGAUAAUAACACGCGCGAAUUUAAAUGGCACCCAACAGGAGCCAAUGUCAAUACUCGCGAUAGUUAAAGAAUUAAUAAUUGAUUCGCAAGAAGCAUAUCUGUACUGGUCAACGGGUCAUGCAGUUGAAGUGGCACGUUUGAAUGGACUCGAUCGCCGUUACUAUCAUUCAGAUGAAAUUUUCAAUGGCAAACAAGUUAUGGGUCUGACUAUAGACACCGAAAAUCGUUAUGUCUACUGGAUUGUACGGAGUUAUGAAAGCGGUUCGAUUGUUUAUCGUGCGCCCACUUCAGAACGUGUCCCAAUGACCCAACGUUUGGUUCCAGAGAAAGUUUCAUCUUUGCAGUACCCGAAUAUCCAGGGCCCACUGUGUUAUUUUUCUGAGCAUUUGCUCUGGCUGCAAGAUGACCGCAAUGCCGUUAUUGGUGACCUCACUGGGCAAAACACCGCAAUGAUAAACGGAAUCAGUUUAAUCGGUCUGCAUAUGGUUGCUAUAAUGGAUCCAGCAUUGCAUCAAUAUCCUGUGGGAUUGACAUCCGAUAAUAUCACAGUAAUUCCACGGCCAGUUUCAGCGGAUAGUAUUCGCGUUAUCGGUACCUGGCGUAAUUUUAACGUUACUUGGGAUCCCGUAACUAAUAUUAAUUACGGAACUGUUUUUUAUGAAGUUAAGUUUACAAAUUAUAUUAACACUAAUUCUAAUCCUGAAAUAACGACCGGUACAACAAUGAUGUAUUAUAAUUCUGAACAAAUAUUACCAUAUUCGAUGUUAGAAGUAACUAUCAAAGCGUUUACUUAUUGGGGCGCAGCAUUGCAUACACGUCGAGUACUGCGUUCACCACAAAGUGAACCAAGUCAACCAACAAAUGUACGUGGAUUUGUUGAAUUUAAUAGACUACCAAUUAGUAAUAAUAUUAAUUACCAUAAUAACAAUAACAAUAAUGAUGUAGAUAUAACAAUAACAUUCCGUUGGGAUUCACCAGAAUUUCCAAAUGGUAUCAUAAAAGGAUAUACUUUACACUGUUGGUUUCUAGAUAAUGGCAUAAAUGUUGAUGUGUUUAAUGGGAUUAAAAUAAAUCAUGAUAUACGAGAAUAUGUUGUUAAUAAACUUAAAUCAAACACAACGUAUUACUUUGAAGUACAAGCAUUUACGGAAGUUGGUGCUGGUUCGUUUGCUGAUAUGAUAAAUAUUUCGACAGAGUACGAAGAUCCGGUACCACAAUUAAUCGUUGCAUCAAUUGAUGCCCUUAAGUUAAUAGAUUUAGAUUUAAAGACUGAGAUCAUUUUAACGAGACACAUUGCCAUUGAAAUGCGUUAUGUUACGAUUGACAAUAAAUUGUAUUGGAUUAAUGAAAUGCAGGAAAUAGUAAUGGCUAAUUUGAAUGGAAGUAAUACAGCUAAAAUACUGUCACUAAAUAACACAGCAACUUCGAUGUGCGUUGAUUGGAUAUCACGAAACCUAUAUUGGUCUGAAUUGCAUCGGAAAUCGGGUGUCAGUAGUAUUAUUAAAUUAGAUUUAAGUGCAUGGGAGUCAUCGGGUGCGUUAUUGUAUGAAAAAAUAAUAAAAAGUAGCAGAAAUAUUGUUAAUUUAGAAGUAUCACCGUUGACGGGUGAUUUAUUUUGGAUUGAAUUAGCAGAAGGUAAACACGGUAUCAUAAUGCAGUCUGACUUGUAUGGUACAUCAAUAAGACCAUUUUUCAAUCACGAUGACAGUGAUUGCUCGUGUCCAUAUCGUCCAUUAAUAAAACCUUCGAUGACUAUUGACAAUACUGAUCCAGAUAACCCGGUAAUGUACUGGACCUCUCUCGAAGGACAUCUAAAUAUUGCGGGAAUCAAUGGCUGUGUCUGUAAUUUGGUCAUAAAUCCAGGGUUCAAUCGUGGCCUGCCACCAAUUUCACUGACUGUUGACAAAAUAAAUGUCUACUGGUUAAAUUUGGGCGGCAAUGAAAUUUAUUACGUCAACAAAAUUUAUCCCUAUGAGCAGGAUAUCAAGCGAAUUUAUUUAGAUAAUGUGCGAAAUAUAAAAGCAAUUGGUAAAUCAUUGCAGUCAUAUCCAAAUACCGACUGUUUGAUACCAUAUCAAAUGUUAUAUACUGUUGAAGCAUUGAUCAAAAAGGCUAAUAGUAUAACAAUAAAAUUACCGAUACCUGAAACACAUUUAGGAUGCGAGCGUUACAAUUUACCGGGGACUUUGUACACGAUUCAAGUAUCGCGAUGUCAUGAUUCCACAAAUUGUGAUACAAAUGACGUACUCGAGUUCAAAACAUACAAAAAAGAGUUUGAAAUAAUGAAUUUGCAGCCGUUUACAAUGUACCAGUUCAAAUUGGCAUUAAGUAAUUACUACAGUGAUAUGGUGAUGGCCAAACAUGAAUUUGGCAAUCCAGUUGUGUUACGAACUGCCGCGGGUGCUCCGUCAGCACCCCAAAAUGUAACAGUUGAAUCAUGUACACCGACAUUGGCAGCCGUUUACUGGCUGCCACCGCGUAUUUUGAAUGCUGCGUCAGUGCGCUAUGAAAUUCACUGGCGAACAUUGAGGCUGGUUAAUGGAGAACGUCCUAAGGGGGAAAAGUUGAUAAAAAAUCUGAUAAAAUCCGCUGAUGGCCGAUUUAUGGAACUAUUGAAACCGUUGCUUCCUGGGCAGGAUUAUCUAGUUGACGUCCGCGCUUACCCGGCAGAUUCUAAUGACACUUAUGGCGAAAGUGAAGGGCAAGUUGUCAGCAUGUACCCAGAGCCAAACAAUUUGACAAAUGUUGCUGCAAGUGUUAACACACUUAAUGUUACAUGGGAACCAAUGGCUAAUGUAACUAUUAAUUAUACGUUGGAAUACACGGCCGUUGGUUUAGAAAAAUGGCAAGUUGCUGAUUACUUUAUUACAAAUAAAAAUAAUAAAAAAAUUGAGUAUUAUAUACGUGGGUUACUACCAAGAACGAUGUACAAAUUUAGACUAAUUUUGCGCUACCCAAAUUGUCAUGAUGAAUUUAUUUGGCCACCAGAUGCACGGUUUACUUUUCAAACUUUUGGCGAUGUUCCUAGUCCACCUGGGCGUCCUAGUGUCACUAAAUUACGUAACUCGGUUUAUCAACUGAAUUGGAAAGCAGCAGAAGCUCAUGGAUCCCAAGUCGAGAUGUACAGAUUGGAGGGUAAAGUUAUUGAUGAUUUACGUGACAAUCAUGAUGAUUCUGAAGACAAUGCUAAUGAAAAUAGGAAUAAAGACGACGAAGGAUGGAAAAUUUUUUACACGGGUGUAGAUAAUUAUUGGAUAAUAGUCGGGGAAAUGAACCAGAAGUACAUAUUUCGGGUGCAAGCGAGAAAUGCUUAUGGAUUUGGUGAAUGGAGUCAAGUUAGCGCGAUUGUUGAUCUCACUGAUACCGUCAGCACUACUAUGGCUGGACAACAGCACUUGGGAUUAAUUUUAGGAUUAAGUGUUCCCGUUAUUACAAUAGUAUUGCUUUGUUUCUGCUACUUUCUUUGCUUGUACAAUAGACAACGCAAAGAAGUUAAAAAAUCAAUUUUACCACCGGUGGUAUCAGACGUUGAAUUAGCGACACUUCGUGAAAUACCGCGUGGUAAUUUUGUUCAAUCAAAUGCACUUUAUGUUUCAUCAUCGCAAAAUGAUCAUGAUGAUUUAAUGCUACCAAAAAUAAGAGGCGAUCAAUUGAAAUCAGAUAAAUUUCUUGGUAGUGGUGCUUUUGGCGAGGUAUUCCAAGGCUACGCAAAAGACUUAGAAGCUCCUGGAGAAAUAACACCAGUGGCAAUAAAAACUCUCCGUAAAGGAGCAACAGCCCAAGAAAAAACGGAAUUUUUACAAGAAGCUAAACUAAUGAGUCAGUUUAAACAUAAGCAUGUCUUAAGAUUACUAGGAGUUUGUCUGGAUACAGACACACCAUUAUUGGUGUUAGAAUUAAUGGAAGCUGGUGAUUUAUUGAGUUAUUUAAGAGCAAGUCGUCCGCUACCACCAACAGAUCAUCGUGCAUUAAGAUUGCAAGAUUUAUUGGCAAUGUGCGAAGAUGUUGCACGGGGUUGUCAUUAUUUAGAGAGUUUGCAUUUCGUUCAUCGUGACAUAGCCUGCCGGAAUUGUCUCGUUUCGGCGCGAAAUCGUGAAAACCGGGUUGUAAAAAUAGGAGAUUUUGGUCUCGCAAGAGAUAUUUAUAAAAAUGAUUAUUAUCGUAAGGAAGGAGAAGGACUACUACCAGUGCGUUGGAUGUCCCCAGAAUCACUUGUAGACGGUGUUUUCACAACCCAAAGUGAUGUCUGGGCGUUCGGUGUGCUAAUGUGGGAAAUAACGUCCCUAGGACAACAACCGUAUCCUGCAAGAUCAAAUAUAGAAGUAUUACACCACGUACGUGCCGGUGGUAGACUAUCGAAGCCAAUGAAUUGUCCGCCGGCAUUGCACCAAUUGAUAUCACGGUGCUGGAGUCCCGCGGAUAGCAGACCGAGUUUUAAAACUUGUCUCGAACAAAUAAUAUUGUUAAGAAAUAAUACCGAUGACGCGGCAUUAAUACCCGUACAUGCGGGUCAUUAUUUAACGCGACGAGGCGUCUCUAACAUGGCUUACUUUGCUGACGAGAAUCAAAAUCAUAACUCAGGUAACUCAUGGAAAUCGAGUAGUUCUGAAGGAAGUCGUGAUAUGCAACCAUUCCUACAAGACUCAGGUAGCACUACAGUAACAACAGUCCGUUUAUCUGACGUAGAAUUACCUAAAUACCUCGAACUCCUAGCAGACAACACCGAGUCGAUAGUCAAGUCUAAUCCGACCGACGAAUACGAAGUUCCAAGAUCUAUACAUAUCGUGACUGGUUUGAGUGACAAGAGCAAAAGUAUUCAGGCAGUCCAACAAUCCCAGCCUCUACAACACCAGCAACAGCACGCGGAUACAAAAGCUAACGAAUUACUUGUACGUAGUGAAAUAACACCAGAAGACCGCGAACAUCUAGACAACAUAUUAUCACAAAUAGGAACAUUGAAUACCAGCGAAAGAAGCAAAACUCUAGAUAAUUUAAGAUUAAAAAAUAAUACUAAAGUUAUAAAUGCAUUUAAAAAUGGGCUCAGAGCAUCCCUAAAUGAACGUACAUCAUCAAAACUAUUGUCUAAUAAUUUAAGUAAUAAAAAUAAUGAUGAAUGCUCAAAAAUAAGUUUAGACGAUAGGAAUUGUAGCUCACUCGGUUCAUCAAUAACGUCAUUACGCUGUUCGUUGCCAUCAACUCGUCCAAGUUCCUCAGUACUUGGAUCCCAACAUAAUCUUCCAUUAAAAAAUCAUAAUAAUAAUAAUUAUAAUUAUACUAAUAACAAUAAUAAUAAUUCAUUAGAUAGUAAUCCUAGUUCUACAUCAUCUUCCACGUCAAUAACGACGACGACUGGCUCCGCGAAUAAAGACAAUAAUAAUAUUAUUAUUAACGAAACAAAUAUUAUCGGUAAUGGUACACUGCGAGUACAUAAAAAUCACGCAAAUUUAGAAGGUAGUAGAGCUAAUAUACCUCUUGUUAUGAAUAAUGUUUUGUUAAAUUUAUUAAGACAACCACCGCAAGUUAUUGAUGACAAUACUAGUACUAUUGUCACAUAUACAAAUGUAAAUACUGAUUCUACUAGAGUUAAUUAA